GGGCGGACACACACACACACACACACACACACACACCGGCUGGGUGACGAUCUGCAGCAGGAGAAUUAAACUGGAGACAGACUCGAGGAACGCGGAGAAGACACACGCGCGGAUUUUUAACGACAGUUUCUUAACAACUGUUUUUUAAUUUUUAUUUUUUUUGAGAAUCAAAAUGUUUUGUCCAAAAACUUUGCUCCUGGUUCUGCUGUUGGCUCAUGCGGCUUCGGCUGCAGACAAGAACCACAAGAACCCUAAAAACAAGAAGAACGGCACGACGUUUUACGGGAGGACAUUUUCCCUUCUUUCUUCAGUCAUUGAUGAACCGAUUGACCUGGGUCAGUUUAUUGACGAUGACGAUGUCCACAAACAUAACCAUUCUGCAAGCCCUCGGGGGCGUAAGGUAGCCAACUACAGCCAGCCGAGGAUCUCAGGAGAGGCGCUGCUGUUCCUCACGGGCCCCGUGUCCACCGUCCUCAUACCGUCCUUCUACACGCUGGUCUGCCUCAUCAGCGUGCCCAUCAACAUCUGCGCCGUGCUGGCCUUCUCACGGAAGAUCCGUCCCAAGAAGCCGUCGGCGAUCUACAUGCUGAACCUGGCCUGUGCGGACCUCCUCUUUGGCCUGCUGCUCCCCUUCAAGAUCUCCUAUCACUUCGGCGGCAACGACUGGAUAUUCGGCUCGCUCAUGUGCCGCGUGGUGACUGCAGCUUUCUACUGGAACAUGUACUGCUCCGUUCUCCUCAUAGCUUGCAUCAGCGUGGACCGGCUUCUUGCUGUGGUCUACCCCAUCGACUCCCUGGUUUGGAGAAGGCCGCGGAACUCCGUCAUAGCCUGCGUAGCCAUGUGGACACUGUCCUUCGCGGUUUCCGUGCCCCUCGUCCUCUCCGAACAGACCGUCCACCUUUACGAGCUGAACAUCACCACCUGCCACGACAUCCAGCCCGUCCACAAGCUCGUCUCGCAGUACACCAUCUACUUCAUCAUCCUUUGCUGCGUCCUCUUCUUCCUGCCUCUGCUCAUCACGCUGGUGUCCUACACUCGGGUGAUCUGGACCCUGAGCAGGGUCCCACGCGGGGUCCCCGGACGCUCUCGCAGAAAGACGAGAGCACUGGUGAUGGCUUUGACCGUGCUCGUGAUGUUUGUGCUGUGUUUCACGCCCACAAACUGUCUGCUUCUAGUGCACUACCUGCAGCUCAGCAAGGGAGUGGAGAAGGUCCAAGAGGCGCCCGACGGCUCCUAUGCAGUCUAUCUGGUGUUUUUGUGUCUGGGAAGUCUGAACUGCGUCCUGGAUCCUCUGGUCUACUACUUCGGAUCAUCCCAAUGCCAGAGACAGCUAUCCAGCAUGCUGAGGUGCGAGAAGUUCACAGACAUCAACAGCAGCAGCUCGUCAUCGAAUUCAUGCAGAUCCAGCAGCAGAAAUAUCCUGAAAGCCAAACGCACCGAAAGCUCCGACAUAAACACUACAGUCACCGCGAUGGACUCUUUCCAAAAAAGCCUCAGCAGCCAAUACAAGAAACUGCUGGUCUGAUUAAACGGGCGUUAAUCAGAGUGACUCUUACUUGUGAUUUUUAAAGUCAGGAAACAGUAGAAAGUGAAGGUGUAGUCAGGUUUAGGCCGCUGUUUGUGUUUUUCUUUUAGGAUUCAGAUGAAGGGAGGAUGACUUGAGCUCUCCUCGAGGCAGAAUCAGUAGAAAUUUUUGGUUUCCUUAACAGUAAACGUGCAAAUGGCCGACGUGCCUUUGGAGUGACGCACACAGUCAGAACAAACGGAAGGAAGUUGAGCUCAGAUAACAACGAGCUCUGGAACAAUUGCUGAACAUCGAAACUAUGAAAAGCUUUUACUUUCGCAGUGUUAUGAGUUUAUAAGCGCUCAGUAUUACAUGUAAUGGAAGAAAACCUGCAGUUUUCUUUUUGUUUUUUUGUUUUUUUCUGUAUAUACUUUUGCCGAAAAGCUUAUUCUAAAGCACUAACUAACUAAUUAAGCUGCCCACCAUGUUUUAUUUUGUGUAUAUAUAUUCAAAGCUUUUUUUUUUGCCACUUCUGGUCUGUGAAUAAAUAUUUUAUCAUAUCAUCAUUGUGACAGUAUUAUCAAGAAACAAUAGUAAUGAGCCGAGUCGUAGAUUGUGCUUUGCUGCUCUCUGCAGGUUGGAGAUGUGAAGUACUUUUAUGAGCGUCGUGCAUAUUAAGGCCUUUUUAUUUUACACCGUUUUGCCAGAUUCUCUUCUCCUCCAGCAGGUGGCGCUACUGUACUUUUAAUAAAAGGUAACCUGAAGGAGAGAAUCUGACCUCAGCCGCCUCUUUCACUGUGUGUUAGUCUGAUGUGAUGAAGGGACUACUGACUGAGUAAAUACUGGCUAUCACGUUAAGUAUAUUUACUCAAGUACUACAUUUGUCAGAUUACUGUUGUCCAUAUCCUUCCUAUCCAGUGAAAGUUAUGUAUGUAUAUAUAUCUAUAAUGCUAAAAACAGGACAAACAUAUGAUGAUCUUAUAGACCAUGAUGCAUUGCUUAUAGAUUAAACUAGCCAACAGUAUAUGGAGUAGUUCAAAAUAAGCUUACAGCCGUAAAAUGCAACAUAUACAUUGAAGCAGCAGGAAUAUGAAUUAAAAAAACAUCAGAUAUAAAAAGAAAACACUGACAGCGAACAUCUUAUUGCACUAUGAGUACUUUUAUAGUAUAUUUUGCUGAUAAUACUCAUAUACUUUUACUUAAGAGGAGUAUUCAUACAAACGUUUCAUCAUAUCCAGGAUGUACCGGCUUGGCUCCAGCCCCUCUGUGACCCUGAUGAGUGUAAUCAUGUUGGGCAUCAGGUGUGUACUGCUGUACUGGGCAGGUCGCAGGUGUAGAAACAUAAAACAGUCUAAUGGUCUGAGCUGGUUUUGGACGGGAUUUUCUGGUCCGGCCUGCUCUUUGAUGAGAACUGAUGACAUUGUUCAGAUGUACACUGUAA